AGCAGCCUACUGAGCCUUUGGGGGUGGAGAGGGGGAGGCCAGCAACAGGGAAAUGCUGAGGGCGCUGGGGGAGGGAAUUCAGGGGUUAAAAAGCCAUGGGUCCAGGCUGAAGUUGGAAGCAGCUGGCGGCGAAGUUCUGCACCCGGGCCUCUCUCAGAGGCCCCGCCCGCCCUGCUCCCCACCCCGGAGCCGCCAUGUGGCCCCUGGCCGCUGUGAUCGCCUUCCUGACGGUGGCCUUGUCAGGCGGUAUCUCUCAGGAGUAUCCCAAGAUUCUCAACGGCACUAAUGGGACCAGCGGGUUUCUCCCGGGGGGCUACACCUGCCGCCCCCACUCUCAGCCCUGGCAGGCAGCCCUACUGGUGCAAAAGCGGCUGCUCUGUGGGGGAGUCCUUGUCGACCCCAAAUGGGUCCUCACUGCAGCACACUGUCUGAAGGAAGGGUACAGAGUUUACCUGGGCAAGCAUGCCCUGGGGCGUGUGGAGGCCGGAGAGCAGGUGAGGGAGGUAGUCCGCUCUAUCCCCCACCCUCAAUACCAGAUCAGCCCCACCCACCUGAAGCAUGACCACGACAUCAUGCUUCUGGAGCUGCAUUCACCGGUCCAGCUCACGAACCACAUCCGUGUCGUGCCCCUCUCCCAAGACUGCCUCCCUGCUGGCACCUGCUGUCGGGUGUCUGGCUGGGGCACCACCACCAGCCCCCAGGUGAGUUACCCCCCAACCUUACAAUGUGCCAACAUCCAGCUUCGCUCAGAUGAGGAGUGUCAUCAGGUCUACCCGGGGAAGAUCACGCCCAACAUGCUGUGUGCCGGCACAGAAGAGGGUGGCAAGGACUCCUGUGAGGGCGACUCCGGGGGCCCCCUGAUCUGUAAUGGAACACUCCAUGGCAUCAUCUCCUGGGGAGACUUCCCAUGCGGGCAGCCCCACCGGCCUGGUGUCUAUACUCGAGUCUCUCAAUAUGUUGUAUGGAUCCGAGAAACGAUUCAAAAACACAGAACCUAAGAGUGGAAACGGACGAAGGGGAAGGGCCCACAGUAAAAGCUGGGUUGGCUCACCUGCCUCCUUCCUCCCUCCCUCCCUCCCUCCCUCCGCACUCUCCUCACUCCAUUGGCCCAGCCCUUCUCUGCCCCUCCCAGAGUUCCACUUGAACCAGUGAUCCGUAUUCUCAGAACCUCUGAUCCCAGCCGACAUUUCGUGUUUCAGAAGCAUUCAGUCACUUCCGGUAUCAUGGUCUCCCACAUACUGCCUCCUGAAAUACCUCAGUACCCUCAACAUCCCAACCCAAUGUUCCAGGACUCCCGCUGUUUCAACAGAAUCCCAGAUAGCCAUCUGAAUGUUCUGUCUGUGGAAUAUCCUUAAAUACAUUCAUUGACUCAUCUCAACAAUA